AAAAACAAAACCUGGAAGAAUUUCAAUUACAACAAUUUUUCUCCUUCUAAUUUUCCGACAAAAUUCGACACACUUGAACACCAAGAGUCCAUAAAAUAAAAUUCAUGUAAAUAUUUGUAUGAAUUUAGUAAAAUUCUCAGAUUCUUCAAAUUUCGGAUUAUCCAGCCAAUCUCUCAGCUGCCCACAUUUUCCGUCAGCUCCUCGGUGAUUUCUGCGAUCCGAUUCUGGGGUUUUUUGCGUGUGCAGGAAUUGCCCACAUGCAUUGCCAUUUGAUGCAAUUGGUGUGAAUUUUCUUAGUUGAGGUUUCGUUCUGGAAGGGCUCUGGAUUUCGGUUGAUGGGUGCUCCUAAGCAGAAGUGGACCUCCGAAGAAGAAGAAGCCCUUAAAGCUGGAGUACUUAAACAUGGGGCAGGAAAAUGGCGCACAAUACUGACAGAUCCAGAAUUCAAUACUAUCUUACAUCUGCGUUCAAAUGUUGAUCUCAAGGACAAGUGGAGAAAUAUAAAUGUGACUGCAAUAUGGGGUUCUCGACAGAAGGCUAAGCUUGCACUUAAAAGGAACUUACCGACUCCUAAACAUGAGAACAACAAUAACCCUUUGGCUGUGAGCACUAUAAUCCAAAGUCAUAAGGAGGUGGUUGACGCUAAGCCUCUUGCCAUUUCUGGUGGAAAGCCACAGACUACUGAAUCAAAAGAUUCAAAACAUCCAAUUUCCAGGUUGGAUCACCUUAUAUUAGAAGCUAUUACAAAUUUGAAGGAGCCAGGGGGUUCUGACAGAGCUGCAAUUGUUAUGUACAUAGAGGAGCAAUAUUGGGCACCACCAAACCUAAAAAAGCUACUGUCAUCAAAAUUAAAGCAUAUGACAACCAACAGAAAGCUGGUUAAGGUAAAGCAUAGAUACAGAAUUCCAGCAACUUCUGAAAAAAGAAGCUCUUCAGCAUUGCUUCCCAAUGGAAAGCAGAAGGAUUCAUCAAGAACAGAUAAGAGUGACGUCAACAUCCUUACUAAAUCCCAAGUAGAUGCAGAUUUAACCAAGAUGAGAAGCAUGACUGCACAAGAGGCUGCUGCUGCUGCUGCACAGGCGGUAGCAGAGGCAGAGGCUGCCAUCGCAGCAGCUGAAGAAGCAGCAAGGGAGGCAGAGGCGGCAGAAGCUGAAGCAGAAGCAGCACAAGUUUUUGCCAAAGCAGCAAUGAAGGCGUUGAAAUGUAGAAAACUUGACCUUCACAUGAAACUCUCACAUGGGUUAACUCAUUCUUGAGCAAGAACCAUGCGUGGGAUGAUGAUACGCUGGUGCAGCGAUGUCUUCAUGUGUCUAGUGUAAAUAGUUUGGGAUUGUAUAUUUGGAACGUUGGAGCUUUGUCUGUGAACCCUCUUUCUUCUCUUUUUACAGGUAUCAUGUAAGAAGCUUGUAGGUUUUCUGUUUCAGAGAGUUAAAAUGAUGAGUAAACACAAGCGAAGGAAAGAGCGGGUUUUUCAUGCCAAGGUAGAUAAAUUAUGCGCAUUUGCAGUUGUCGCUGUUGUGUAAGUGCAUCGGAGAAUUACUAUUCUUAGAAAAUGAGAGAUUUUCACUGGACA